UCAUAGAUCAAAUUGUUCUCGAGAUUUCAGUAGGUAGGCCUCGGAAUGGCAAUGGAAAGAUUUUGUAUGCAUAAUACCCGCUGGCACGAUUACCUCAAGUCUGUGAAAUCUAGUGAAGUAUUCUCUAGCUCUGAUCGAAGUUGUGUGCUUGAUUUUGCAGAAUUUGACAAGUUAAAUCCUAUGCAUUUGGUUCCAGUGUUAGUGGACGGAGAUUUCGUGGUUUCAGAUUCUUAUGCAAUUUUGCUGGCUGCAAGUAUAAUCAGCUCGAGCAUACAGCCUCUUCAGAUGCUGACUGUGCUGGCCAAGUUCCCUACUUUGAGGAGGAUCCAUGAAUCGUACAAGACUUUGCCUGAAUACGAAGCAUCAUCACCGAACGUCAACCCGAUGCCAUGAUCUGACAUGGGUAUCUCCUCUCCAAUCUCAAAGUUGGAAGCCGAAAUGUCUCAGGUAUGCACGGUGCAGUGCAGCAACACGACAACGAGGGCGAGGGGAUCUCUUUCGGAGAUAUGAGCGAAGAUGAGUGGGUACUGUUCCUUGAAAUCUUCGAGAAGCUCUUGCCCGAGGUCACGGAGAACGCUAGAUGCAACAGCUCGAAGCAGAAGUUGGGAACUUCUUGCGACUUCUGAGGAAUCACCAAAGCAAUAGACGAUUUAAAGAUCAGCAAAAAGAUAGAAAGAAGCUCGGACACAGAUCGCUUGUAAUUAUUGUGGACUAAUUUUCCUUUUCUGUUUCCCAAAUGACUUGCUAGUAUAGAUUGUAGAUAAUGACCAUUUGGGGCCCGACGUGAGAGGAAAGCGAUCGGCAAGUCGCCGU